AUGGCCCCCUUCAUCAACAUGAGCUCGUCCUUUGACACUCUUGCCUCGUAUGUAACUGACGACGAACUACAAUCUGAGGAGCUUUUGAAUCGAGUCACAAAUUCAGAGUCGAAUGAGUUUCUCCAAGAAAUGCGACAACCUGCUAUGAAGGUCGCAGAAAACUCAAGAACCAAGAAGAGUACCGGUACUCCAUUGAAGCAAACCAAGCCAUCGCCUUUCUCUCUCUCAACAUCCGAAGAUUUCACGUUUCCCGAAUCCAACAUGAGUAUCCGAGUGACCGGUCCCAAUGGGACAGUUAUCCACGGAAGAGUCUGUUCUCAAGUCAUGUCUCUGUUCAGUCCAGUCUGGAGACAGCUUGUUCAGAACAUAUCAGAUAAUUACUCUAAAACACAGAGAAAUUUACGAGUAGGAAACGAGUUAUUCCAAUUGGACGACGCAGUUAAUCACCACGAAGGUGGCUGCCUCGACUUCACUGCCGACAAUCAUGUCGCCCUUCAAAUCCUUCUCAAUAUUGCUCACCUAAACACUCGCGCUGUAGCACGGAGAGAACUCGAAUACAAGGACCUCUUGAAUAUGGCUGAACUGAUUCACAAAUACGAUUGUCUUUCUCGAGUGGAGAUUUUUCACAAAGGUUGGCUUGCAGGUCAAGAAUUUCAAGCUUAUCGGGAUGGAAUGGAAAACUGGCUUUUCAUCGCCUGGGUAUUUGGCCGAAGACAAGUUUUCGAAGAUCUUGCCGAAAAAUUGGUAAUGGAAAUCAGUAUUAGCUGUUUAGGGACACCAGUGACUGCCACAGGAUCACCGCUCAAAGGAUCAUUCCCGGAUGGCAUUAUUGAAAGCAUUCUCCAAGUUCGUUUAUACACCAUUCAACGACUGCUAGAUAUCUGGUAUGGCUACAUUGGCGAACUUUUGAAGGGCGACUCAAUCCUUUGCAAGCAUGGCGAGGCAAUGUGCGAUAAUCUUGCUCAUGGUUCGCUUUCCAAGGCAAUGAGCAAUUUCGACCUCUACCCGGUAAAGAUAGCCUCUGAAAUCAGCAUUAGCAUAAACGAAUUACGAGAGAACUUGGUAACCAUUCGGGUGAAUGUGCUUCCCAGCCAUAGUUUACUCUUCGACCACUCGAAAUGUCACUGGGUCCAGAUUGAGAAGAUGAUAGAGGUGGUGAUUCUGGAUACCCCAAACCCGACGUUGGAAGUACAUCGUCAACAAAUGAAUGGUGCUUUGAUCGCACUAACUGGUACCGACGCCGAAUAUUUUGAGGAGGAGGAGCAGGAUGAAUUCGAGUAUUGA